GCAGACCUUUAUCUGCCGGCCGGCCAGACGUUGCCGAACAGGUUUCUGACCGUUUUCCAGUGUUAAAACGCCAUGUAACACAGGUGUAGCCCUGUAGACCUGCGCUAGUCAUCGCCUUUUCCCUGCGUUUUGGUUUCCCUCUCAUUUUUAGCCCUUGUUUCAACUCAGGACGUGUCAGGACAUUCCCAUGGACGCACAGAUUAACACUGUCGACAGGCACCCCAAGAGAAAUGCUGUGCGUCCGAAUUCUGUUGCCUCCAAGGUUCCUGGGCCACCAGGCUAUGUGGCCCCAUCUGCACCAGUGCCAAUGCCUAUUCCCCAGCGCCCCCCCGGCUGCCCCCCAGGACUGGAGUACCUGACCCAGAUUGACCAGCUGCUCAUUCAUCAGAAAGUUGACCUCACUGAAGUUAUACUUGGCUGGGAGACCAACAACAAGUAUCAGAUCAAGAAUAGCCUGGGACAGCACGUGUUCUACGCAGCAGAGGAGAACAGCUGCUGUAACCGGUCCUGCUGUGGAUCCAUGAGAUCCUUCGUGCUGCACGUCCAGGACAACUUUGGCCAGCAGAUCCUCACCAUCACCCGGCCUCUCAUGUGCAGCAGUUGCUGCUGCCCCUGUUGUCUGCAGAAGCUGGAGGUUCAGGCGCCACCCGGGGUCCCCAUCGGCUACGUCGUCCAGAACUGGCACCCGUACCUCCCCAAAUUCACCAUCCUGAACCAAGAGAAGGACCCUGUGCUGAAAAUCGUCGGUCCGUGCUGGAGUUGCAAGUGCUGCGUCGACGUGAAUUUUGAGGUCAUGUCCUUGGACGAGACAGAGAUGGUGGGCAGGAUCUCGAAGCAGUGGACGGGAGCCCUGCGUGAAAUUUACACAGAUGCGAAUAGUUUCGGCAUCAGCUUCCCCUUAGAUCUGGACGUCAAAAUGAAGGCUGUCCUGUUGGGGGCCUGUUUCCUCAUAGAUUUUAUGUUUUUUGAACAUAACUGACGGGAUAACUCCGUAAAGUGUUUUUAUUUUGAUCUGUGAGCAGCCACAAACUUACCAAAAAUAUACCUGGAAGCAAGCUAAUUCUACACCAAAAUGUUAUUACUUACAUUCUCUAAGAUCAUUAUUUUAAUGCUGUUAAGGAAUGAGCAAGUGCAGAAUACCAGGGAUUACUGUGGGAGUCGAACGAUUAGCAAAAUAGGAAAUCGCCUAUUUUGCCUUUGUACUGAAGCGAUGCAGACAUUUGCUGUGGAAUAUGAUGGUUAGACACAAGAGGGCGCAAGAUACCCUCUUCAGAGCUAAAAAAAAACAUUAAUACGGUAUAUGGAAAAUUCUGGUUACUGCCGCAGUAUUCGGACUUGAGCACUUGCACUAAAGCAGAGAUGAAUGAUAUUAUAUAAACAUUCUAAUUUGUAAAAUAUUUACAUAAAUAUUUCUAUAAUGUAUUUAACAUAUUUCUUCUGUUCAAACACUGUCAGAUAUAUUAAGCAGAAAUAUUUUUUCCUUGGUAUUUUCUAUUUUAAAUUAAUCAAAGUAAGUUUAUUAUAAGCUGAAACACUACAGUCACAGCACUAUAAUAAAUAUACUGUUGUGUCCCAGUUCAUGUCCUGUUACAGAGCAAACCCAGCCCGUUGUAUGGUCAUGCAUUAAUAUUAAACUUUAAUCUCUACUGA